CAGGAGUUUGCUCGUUGGGUAACAAUUUUGUGGAACAAUUUCGCACCAGCUUCGUUGAUUGCACUUGUAAUCCGAUUUUAGGGAACAUCGUUAUCACGCUGCCAAAACGAGGAAAUCUGCACAAAUGGGAAAUCAAAAAAGACGACCGCAAGUUCAAUACACAAACAAACGUGAUGCAAUGAAAGGAGGUACAAGAACACUAACAAUAAAACGCUAAAAACGAUAACUCUGUGACAAUCAACCGGCACAUUAAUGUAAAGUGUAAACUUAACUACAAUGAGUACCAAAAUAAAACUAAAAGAAGUAUACGAAGUGCAAAAUCAAUACAAAGCUUUCUACACCGGAGGAUCAGUUCAAUGGAGUUCCGAUGGCAGGGAAAUUUUGUGUCAAAAUUCCGGCACCAUCAGCCUAGUUUCAGCGGAAGAUGAUUCUACGGAACCCGUUACGUUCGGAGAAGCCAACGAUGAGGAUAUUAUCUAUACCUUUGCUUUAAGCAAGGAUGGUAAAAGUAUUAUAACUGCCCAUCGGUCCGGUUUGCUCAAAUUGUGGAACAAGGAAAGCAAACAGGUCAACAAAAUGUGGCGGGGCAUUCAUCUGGGUCCGAUCAUGAAGUUGGUGUUCAGCGAUAUUGACGAUUUGAUUGCUAGUGGUGGCACUGAUACGACGGUUAGGGUUUGGGAUCCAGUGGAGCAGGUGUGUAAAGGAACCCUUAGGGGAUGCCAGGGGGUGAUCAAUCUACUAGUGUUCCAUCCUGAUGCGAACCUGAAAACGCUUCUGGCGGCUGGAGACGACGUCAAAAUAAAUGCGUGGAACUAUGAAACGCGAGAGCUUCUCAAGACCUUUUCGGGACACUUUUCGAAAGUGACUGCUGUUUCAUUCUCAAAUGAUAAAAAGUUCAUUGUUUCUUCUGGAAGGGAUAAAAUAUUAAUUCUGUGGAACUACGAAACACAAGAAGCGAUUAAAACAAUUCCCGUAUAUGAAAGCAUAGAGAGCGUCGUUGUUCUUCCUGCGGGUAUCAACCUUCACGGGCAAAAACUUAAAGCAGAGAAGGUUUAUGCUGCCUGUGCAGGUGAAGAAGGCUUGAUAAAAGUUUGGGAAAUGACUGAAACUAAGAUAAUUUUUAAGCAAAGCAACAGUCUAGUAACAAAAGCAACAGAAGAAGGUGGACUGGCUGUAACUGAUAUGCUAUUCAACAAGCAAACUAUACAACUAGCUUUAGUCACUGCUGACCACAACAUCAUAAUCCAUGAUAUCAAAACGCUCGAGUGUGUCAAGCAACUGUCCGGUUUCAGCGAUGAGAUUCUAGAUUUGAUUUUAUUUGGUAAGAAGGAUCGCUUUCUUGGAAUGGCAACAAACAGCAACGAUUUUAAGGUUUAUGACACGUCUUCAAUGAACUGUCAGCUUGUGAAAGGACAUGCGGAUAUCGUGUUAUCUCUAUCAGCCAAUGAUAAACAUAUUCUUUCGUCGUCAAAAGAUAAUUCCAUUCGGCUAUGGUCCUACGAUGUAGAGAAAUUUCUUGUUCAAUGCAUCGCAAUAGGCUUGAAGCACACGAAUGCUGUUGGAAGUGUCGCAUUAAGCAAAAUUUCGGGGAAGUUCUGUGCCAGCGUAAGUCAAGAUAAAUGUUUGAAAGUUUGGAAAAUUCCCAAAGAAUUUAAUCAAACAUUAGACGAACGGGAAUUCACCCGGUUGAACUGUUCUUUGACGGAAUUGGCACACGAUAAGGACAUUAACUGUGUAUGUAUAUCCCCUAAUGAUCAGUUGAUUGCGACUGGAUCGCAAGAUAAAAGUGCCAAGCUUUGGGAUGUUAAAAAUCUAACUUUAGUUGGGGUUUUUCGAGGUCAUCGACGUGGAAUUUGGGCCGUUCGGUUUUCACCCGUCGAUCAAAUUCUGUUAACAAAUGCAGCUGACUGCUGUAUCAAGCUGUGGUCACUAACCGACAUGACCUGCCUAAAAACUCUGGAAGGUCACGAAAGUUCUGUACUCAAAGUUGAGUUUCUCUCCAACGGCAUGCAGCUCAUUUCCGCCGGUGCCGAUGGUUUGCUAAAGCUAUGGUCCAUCAAGAGUUCAGAGUGCAUUCAAACAAUGGACAAACAUGAAAAUCGAAUUUGGGCGAUAUGUGUUUCGGAAGAUGAAUCGGUGAUCUAUAGUGGCGGUACCGACUCACAACUGAUCAAGUGGAAAGAUGUUACGAAAGAAAAAAUCGAACGAGAGCAAACAAAACGCAACGAAAUGUUGCUCCAGGAACAAGAGCUAAGCAAUCUUGUGAACGAUAAAAAACUUCUAAAAGCCCUCCGUUUGUCACUUAAUCUAGACCGACCUCUAAUGACAUUGAAAAUCAUUACCGCCGUAAUAAAAUCCCAAGAGCAGGGGCUUGCCGAUACCGUACACAGGCUUCGCGACGAUCACAAGGAAACAUUGUUAAAGCAUGCCAUUGAAUGGAACACAAACAGUAAAAACUGCCGACCAGCCCAACUGAUUUUGAAUAUUUUGCUACAGGAGAUGCUUGCUGGAAACUUCCAUGUAUCCGAGCUGAACAAACAUCUCGAAGCGGCUCUUCCCUACACCGAACGCCACUUCAAACGAAUGACCGAGUACGCCAAGGAUCUCAAGUUCAUCGAGUACACAUUACAGUGUAUGCAACCGCACGCCGUCACACGUGAAAGCAAUAAACCACCCACGGUCUAGGCUAAUCCUACGCCCCUCCACGACCGGCGACGUUUUAAUUAAGUAGUUUAA